AUGGCUAGCGAGGACUAUGACCCGGUCAAAGCGCGAUCCAGCUUUCUCUCGACUUACAUGAGCCAACACAAGGACACCCUGAUCGCCUAUGUAAUGUACUACGGGAAGAGUCAGGUUCAUGAAACGCCAGUAGAUGCCAAAAUGGUCGGCAUAGAUCAACAAAAAAUGAACUUGGCAUACCAACUACGUGAUUCCGCCAAAUGGCACGAGUUGACGGUCGAAUUUGAUCCACCGCUGAGCGGAUACGACGCAGCAAAGACACCCCCAUUGACGACCUUUGCUCUGAAACCCUCCAUGUUCAAUGCCGUCCCCGUUCUCCUCAUCCUCGCCGCCCUCUCCGCCGCACCUUAUGAGAAGCAGACCAUUUCUCGCGAGAGUAUUUCUCCUGCCCUUCGACCAUAUAUCGACACGGUCAACACGGUCAGCCACGCCCUAACCAGCGUGCGCCAAGCACUGCCAUUUACGCCGAAUACGUCCUAUAUUGUCUGGGGUACCAUUGGCGUGAUUCACGUCUCUUUGGCCCUUCUCGUCGUAUUUCUAUCUCUCCAGAGGCACGCGAGCCUACGCAUCGGAUCCGCUUGGGUCUUGUCCACUCUUUUGCUCAGUUAUCCAGCCGUAUUCGAGUUUCGUUCACAUCUCCAGGCGGCCCGAAUCCAAUCCAUUCACAAGACUCAAUAA